GACAAAAUAAUUAAAUGAAGAGUGAUCUUAAGACUUUUUUUUAAACUAAAUUAUACAUGAGAACUAAAACUUUAAAUAUAGAAUAAUCUGUGCCUAAGGGGAAUAUGCAGAGAAAACGGAGAGUAUGACUUAAACUUGAAAAAGAAGAUCUCUUAACAACAACAGUGUAAUUAUAUUUCAAGAGAAGGAAUGUUGUCAAAUAUUUAGAGUUGGGGUUUCUUUUCUCGUAGUCCGCAUUGCCACUAAGACUUUAUUUUUUGUUGUGAAAAGAAGACAGAAAAAAAAAUGGAUAAAUUUCGUAUGAUUUUCCAGUUCCUCCAGUCGAACCAGGAAUCUUUUACAAAUGGAAUAUGUGGUAUUAUGGCACUUGCAAGUGCCCAUCUUUAUACAGCUUUUAAGUUCAAUUGUCCGUGCCUUCCAAACUACAAUAUGUCAUACGGCAUGGGCGUACUAUUUGUUCCACCUAUAGUACUGUUCCUUUUAGGUUUUGUAAUGAACAAUAAUGUGUCUAUGUUAGCAGAAGAAUGGAAGAGGCCAAUAGGUAUGAGGCAAAAAGACCCUGCAGUCUUACGCUAUAUGUUGUGUUCAAUGACCCAAAGAGCAUUUAUUGCCCCAGCUGUGUGGGUAUCAGUGACAUUACUGCACGGUGAAUGUUUUAUUUGUGCUUUUUGCACCUCUGUACCUUUAGAUAAACUUGGUAACUUGACAGAUGUAAACUUAUCUGAGAAGGAAAUUAAAAGAAUUUUAGCCAGGAUACCUUGCAAGGAUAUCUAUGAUGGACAUGAUAUUAUUGAACAGGAAGUGGCGGCACGGUAUAUACGAUGCAUCUCUCAGGCACUAGGCUGGACCUUCAUUUUAAUUAUGACCUUCCUGGCGUUUCUUGUUCGAGCCAUCCGACCUUGUUUUACCCAAGCAGCUUUCUUGAAAAGCAAAUACUGGUCCCAUUACAUUGACAUUGAGCGCAAGCUUUUUGAUGAGACCUGCACAGAGCAUGCAAAGAGCUUCGCCAAGGUGUGCAUCCAGCAAUUCUUUGAGACAAUAAACAGAGAUAUGGGCUUGGGACCUGCGAUUUUCACCGAGGCAAAGACGACAGAGCAAGAAGAAAAAGAGAAGCUGUUGGGUAUCACAGACCAGGGGACAAUGAAUAAGUUACUAAAAAACUGGCACAAAUGUAAACCACCUCUCAACUUGAGUAAGCGUGAGAUCCAUAAUGGGAACGGAUGCAUUAAAGAAAAUCAUCAGUUUAAUAACCUUAACGGUUCUAAGAAGGAAGUAAUAGCUUAUUAUAGUAAAGUUUAAUAAUUGGAAAAGGAUAGAAUCUUCUAAAUAUUCAAAGCGGAAGCUAACAGGAAGCCAAGAGUACCAACAUGAACAACAAAUAAUAUUUACAUUAACAAGCAAAAUGCUACCAUUUUGCAAUUUACCCAUGAUGCACUUAAAGUCAUAUUAUGGCCUGCCUUGAGAUCCAGGGGUGGACUGAUCAGCUGGGCAAAUAGGACCUGGACCAAGGGCCCAGCCUAUUGGGGGGGGGCACAAAUGGCAUCUCCAUGGCUCCUGGUGUGCUGCUUAAGCUGGGGCUGACAGCUGUCCUAUCAGUAACUAAGCAAUUAAGUGUAGGUUUAAUGGGGGGCCUUGUGCCAUGAUGUGGGGUUUUUUGCUCCGGGGGCCCUAGAGUAGGGGCUGUGCUGUUGGGGGUCUGUAGCUGUGAGGGCCAUGGAGUGUGGGAUAUGGACCUGGAGGUUGGGGGUACUGUCUCUGGCCCUUGAUGUUGGGGGUCCUGGCCCUGGAGUUUGGGGGGCCUGGUGGGGGCAUGGCAGGAAGACUACCAUGUUCAUUUGCAUAAAUUUUGCCCAGGGCCCUGAUUGGUCUCAGUAUGCCCCUGCUGAGAUCAUCUCAGAUAUUGAAGAUUAUUUUUCAUACCUUUAGUAAUGCACCCCAAAGAAGUAUGCCAUGUUCUUCCAUCCUAAUUAAAAGUACAUUAAAUAAAACAAAUAUAAUGGGACAUCUUUUGCCUUCAACAGUAUAUAUGUGUAUAUUAAUUUGCGACACAAAACUGUAAUAUGAAAACUAAUAUACAAAAAACAGAAUAAGAUUGUGUAGAAGGAUAUAUUGUGUUACUUUGUACAACACAUAUCCAAGCAUAUUAGAUCCAAACUACCUGCUAGAAAACUAGAGUACUGCAACUGAAGUUUAUACAGAAGUAUCACGUAGAAUAUAUCACACGUAAACUCAAAAGAACAAUCAUAUACAGUAACUGUUGCCCCAGAAUGAUGUGAAGUGCAAGCCAGAAAUGGUGACCAAACCAAAGAGAAAUAUCAGUAGGAAGAAGGGUAAAUUCAGAGAUGUGAGAAUAAAAAAAAGCAUAAAUCAUUUUAAUUUAUCCAGCAAAAAAAAAGGAAAUGGUAACUACAUUUUGUCCAUAAAAAUAUAGUGUUUUUUUGUAGAGACUUUUAUAUUUUAAUCCUAAUGCCUUUCAACCAGACUCAAUUUCAACUUGUUUUUAUAACUUUACCAAAACAUAUGUACAUAUUCACAAAUGUAAUUUUGUUUUGCACUGUAUAAUGUAUAUGUAAGACUGCCACUGUACAUUGUAUAUGUUAUAUGUGAGUUUUGAGAGACUACAAUAAUAUUUAUUUGAAUGAAAA